AUGGACCCCGAUCGGGAUCCUGCGCCCGCCGAGGACGAUCGCAACCCAGGCGACAGGUCCCCCGCAGCCCUCACCCACGUUGCCUCGACCCCGGCCCUCCUCCACACCCCUGCGCCCGGAAUCUCGGCCUCCAACACACAUCUGGGCCAGGUCAAUGCCGCUCGGCAAGGUGCGGGCACUUCGCCGCGCCCUCCGGCCUCCAUGAGCGCCCAAGGGAGUGGCGGGUUGAACCAGGAUAUCAUGGCCAAGAUGAAGGCCUUUUCGCUGUCGCGGCAGGGUGCCCCUUUACAACACCAUGCCUCAACGGGCUCCGUCCCGACCGCUCGGGAAAUUGGUGCAGGCGGUGCUCUCGCUGGUCGUGUUCCUUCCACCGGGCGACCGAGCAACCAGAACUGGACUUCUUCUCCGGUAGUCCCGGGAGUAUCAUCCCCCGCGUCUCCUCGGCCUGGUGGCCUUGCCGCUAAGCGGAUGAAGCCUGGUCUUAAACUGUCGGAUGUCACGGGAACCCCGGCGCCGACCAGCGAGCCCUCUAAAACAGACGCGCCAAACGGUGACUCGGCAUUCAGCAAAUACUCAGAGUUUAUCGACACGAAAGCAGGGACGUUGAACUUCAAGAACAAAGCUAUUCUGCAUGGAGGCGGCGUCGAGUUCUCCUCGGGUCAUAGCUUCAAAAUUUCCCUGGACGAAGUGGAUCGCUUGGAUGAACUGGGCAAGGGCAACUACGGGACAGUAUACAAGGUUCGGCACAGUCGGGCACAGAUGCGGAAACCCGGGCUGGGUCUACAGGGAAUUGUCAGUCGGCCUCCUGGUCAGGAAGAUGCGAGUGCCGACCCUGGCGAGUAUUCCGGGGUGAUCAUGGCGAUGAAGGAAAUUCGACUGGAGUUGGACGAGAAGAAAUUUGCGCAGAUCAUUAUGGAGCUGGACAUCUUGCAUCGCUGCGUUUCGCCUUUCAUCAUUGAUUUCUACGGAGCCUUUUUUCAGGAGGGUGCGGUCUACAUGUGUGUCGAGUACAUGGACGGGGGGUCAAUCGACAAGCUCUACGAGGGUGGCGUUCCUGAAAAUAUCCUUCGCAAGGUGGCUUUGUCGACGGUGAUGGGACUGAAGUCACUCAAGGACGACCACAACAUCAUUCACCGCGACGUCAAACCGACGAAUAUCCUAGCCAACAGCAAGGGCCAGGUCAAGAUUUGCGACUUCGGUGUCAGUGGAAACUUGGUGGCCAGCAUUGCCAAGACCAAUAUCGGAUGCCAAAGCUACAUGGCUCCAGAGCGAAUUGCAGGUGGCGGGAUGCAGCAGGCUGGGGCAUCCAGUGGUGGUGGUACUUAUAGUGUGCAAAGUGACAUCUGGAGUCUGGGGUUGUCGAUCAUCGAGUGCGCUAUGGGCCGAUAUCCAUACCCCCCGGAGACCUACAACAACAUUUUCAGCCAACUCCAUGCUAUCGUCCACGGUGACCCUCCAACUCUGCCCUCGACAGGCUACUCAGAAGACGCCCACAACUUCAUCCGCGCCUGUUUGGACAAGAACCCUAAGAACCGACCAUCCUACAGCACACUGAUCCGCCAUCCAUGGCUUGCAUCUCUCAUGCAACCCCCAAGCGAAGCCGAGCAGCAUUCUGAGUCUGGCGAUGCUUCCGCCACGACGGAGGACAAGGAAGUUGCAGACUGGGUGCACAAGCAAAAGGAACGUCGUGCGCAGAAACUCCAUCCCGAUGCCGAGAAACCCGCACUGCAUGCCGUCGCGCUGGACAAGGUGGCCACGAGUCCGAUUCACGAAGAACCAUCCACCUCAUCGCAGCAAGAUUGA